AUGUCGUCCGCGUUCACGCUCUCCGCGACCUCGGUCGGGGUGGCGAGGACCAAGCCGCCGACAGGCGCAUCGCGCCGGGGACGCGUCGCGACGGUCACUCGCGCGGCGUGCCCCGGCGACGAUGACGCCCCGGUGCCCACGCCAGUGAGUGCCCCGGGUCGACGCGAGGCGCUGCUAUCCGCCGCGGCUCUCGCCGCCGUGAGCCCCGCCACCCGCGCGAACGCCGCCGAGCCACUGAAGGAAUCCUUCUACGACUACACGGUCUCGCAGUACGGCAAGCCCUUCGACUUGUCCGCGUUCAAGGGCGACGUCACCGUCGUCCUGAACAACGCCAACUACCCGUCCCUCCGCUCGUUGUACAAGAAGUACCACGACCAGGGGUUCGAGCUGGUGGCGUUCCCGGCGAACCAGUUCGGGUGCCAGGCGCCCGGCACGAGCGAGCAGGAGAGAGAGUACGCGUGGCGCAAGUUCGGCUUUGAGUUUCCGGUGAUGGACAAGAUCGCCGUCAAGGAUAAACCCGCGCGAUGCAAGGGCAUUGACCCGGCGUCCUACGAGGAGUUCAAGGACGAUCCCGACGCCAUGCUCACCGCGCCGCUCAUCGACGACACCACCAGCAGCUCACCCAUCGCGCCCGUGUACGCCUUCCUGAAGCAGCCCCCGUUCGACGGGGAGAUUCCGUGGAACUACACCAAGUUCCUCGUCGGCCGCGACGGGCGGGUGCUCAGGCGGUACUCACCCGCGGACCCCCUGGAGCAGGGCAUGGAGGACGACGUGAAGCGCGCGCUCGCGGGCGAGGAGCUCAAGAAACGCGCGUUCUAG